AUGUCAAGCUUUUCCCUGCUUGAUGUUUAUCAGGAGUUCGUUGUGUGGUCAAGGUUCAAGCUUAAGUCGUCUAAGUCUAGGGCACUAGUCUACCAGAAGGGAGUGACAGUGGAGUGGGUUGUAGAGAGUUCAGAAGGUAGUCAGGCGAGGUUGCAGCUUAGCGGGGAGGUGAUCCCGAAUGUAUCUGAGAAACCAAUCAAGUUUCUAGGGAGGUGGAUUCGGGCAGAAGGAAAGGACAAAGCUAUAAUCGAGAAAACACACGAGGAUCUUGUUACAUACCUCAGUAGACUCGAUCUUAGCUCCCUCACCGGCCUGCAGAAAUGUUGGGGGUAUCAGUAUAUGGUCCUUCCAAAGAUGAAGUGGCCACUUGCCAUUUAUGAUAUCCCGAUCAGCACUGUUUCUCGCUGGGAGCAAACAACUAACAGUCAUCUCAGAAAAUGGCUAGGAGUGGGACACACGCUUAGUAGCUCUUGCCUGUUUAGUCAUUCAUCCAGUGUUGCUCUCCCCAUCGACAGCCUAACCGACACUUGGAAAGUAGAAAAGUGCCGUCUCUUGCAGUCAUAUCAAACAUCUCAGGAUGCUUUGAUCAGAGCGGUGCAACCCCAGGUGCGGUCUGGGAGAGUUUGGAAGGCAGAUGCUCAGCUUCACGAAGCUGAAAGAGACUUGGUGUGUGAGUCAGUGCGAGGUAUGGUGCAACCUCUUAGUAGAGCGGGAAUUGGUUUCGGUGAUUGGAAGAAGCCCUGGGAGAAGAUGUCAGAAAAGGAGCAGCAGAGGGAGGUGUUAGAUAGGGUUAAGGAGAACAUCAGGAAGGAAAGAGAGGUGCAGUUGGGUACGUUGGAGAUGCAGUCCAGGUGGGGUAAUUGGAGAGAGCUGGUGACAAGGACUGACAUGAGCUGGCUCACGCUCUUCAAGUAUGGGGACUCAUUAAUCGGUUUUCUGCUUAGUGCUGUGUAUGGCACGCUUGUUACACCAGCUUUAGCAUCCAAGUGGAGCGAGGAUGAGGAUGGGAUGUGCAAGCUGUGUGGUGACAAGUUGGGAACUGUGCCGCAUAUUCUGGCUGGUUGUCCUGUGGCACUAAGUCAAGGGAGAUACCGAUGGCGCCACGAUAAGGUGCUUAAACAAAUAGCAGACCAAGUGAAAUUCCAUUGUGAGCGGAGAGUCAACAAGAGGAAGAGCUCUUGUGUCACUCGGAAAGCCAUUGAGUUUGUUCCAGCAGGAGGGAGGUUUAAGGAGGUGAAGAGGUCGAAAGUCAGUGAGUUUGGGAUUCUGAGUGGGGCCACUGAUUGGAUAGUAUUAGCAGACCUGGAUGAGCAGCUGAAAUUCCCGUCGGAUAUAUGUAUGUAUGUAUGUAUGUAUUUUGACACGGGGCAGCGCUAG